AUCCAGUCCAGUCAAAUCACAGCGACCCGGCAGCUGGAGGGACGUCGCUUCUGUUUACAGCGUCUGGAGCCGCAGUGGAGCUGCGACACAUAACCGCGUCUCCAACGACAUCACUUUACGUUACGGUUUAAAAAAGCAACUGUUGCUGUUAGAAGAAUAAACCAGAAAUGGACGAAAAGGCGUUUACGAAGGAGCUGGAUCAGUGGAUAGAGCAGCUGAACGAAUGCAGGCAGCUGUCCGAGGGACAAGUGAAGACACUAUGCGAAAAGGCGAAGGAGAUCCUGACCAAAGAGUCGAACGUCCAGGAGGUGCGAUGCCCGGUGACGGUGUGCGGCGACGUUCACGGUCAGUUCCACGACCUGAUGGAGCUGUUCAAGAUCGGAGGGAAGUCCCCCGACACAAACUACCUGUUCAUGGGCGACUAUGUGGACAGAGGAUACUACUCUGUAGAAACUGUCUCUCUGCUCGUAGCUCUUAAGGUACGUUUCCGGGAGCGAAUAACGAUCCUCAGGGGAAACCACGAGAGCAGACAGAUCACGCAGGUCUACGGCUGCUACGACGAGUGCCUAAGGAAAUACGGGAACGCCAACGUGUGGAAGUACUUCACCGACCUGUUCGACUACCUGCCGCUCACCGCGUUGGUAGACUCUCAGAUUUUCUGCCUUCAUGGAGGCCUGUCACCAUCUAUAGACACCCUGGACCACAUCAGGGCUCUGGACCGCCUACAGGAAGUACCACAUGAGGGCCCCAUGUGCGACCUGCUGUGGUCGGAUCCUGACGACCGCGGCGGCUGGGGCAUCUCCCCCCGCGGAGCCGGCUACACGUUCGGCCAGGACAUCUCAGAGACGUUCAACCACGCAAACCGCCUCACGCUGGUGUCCCGAGCCCACCAGCUCGUCAUGGAGGGAUACAACUGGUGCCAUGAGAGGAACGUGGUGACGAUUUUUAGCGCUCCCAACUACUGCUAUCGCUGUGGCAACCAGGCGGCCAUCAUGGAGUUAGACGACACUCUCAAAUACUCCUUCUUGCAAUUCGAUCCGGCGCCUCGCAGAGGAGAGCCACACGUAACCCGCCGCACCCCAGACUACUUCCUGUGAACCUUGACCUCUCCUAGCGACCCGCAUACAGCCAAGUCCAGACGUUAUACGAACCAAUACCGACACGAAUGAGGAACAGGAAACUGGGGAACGCAGCAGUGCACAUUGAACAUCCACACAGCGACGAGGCGGUUUCUGGGAGGAGGACGGACCAAACGGUGUGUGCCAUAAUCACUGCGCUGUUCGCUGCUGAGGACGAAACAUGAAACUCCUCAUUCUGAACAUCUGCAGCUGCUCGAAUCCCAUCAGCUUUAGUUCAACAGUUCUCAACAUAUGUUUGCACUUUUGUACAUUUAAAUAAAUUUGACAUUUGUAUCGUAUGUCUAAAAAAUACAGAUUAUAAAUAUGAUUUUUUUUCCCUUCCUGUUUUUUUUUUUUUUUAUUGUAAAAAAAUCUAAAGCUUUACACAAAUUACAGUUUAACUUAUAAAAUGUAUGUAACUUAUAAAAAUCCUCAUCAACUCACCGACUCCCUUCCAGCUCUGUACUUUAACUAAGCAGUUAGAAUAAUAAAGAUGGCUUCUGGAUG